AUAAUAAUGGUAGUGUUCAGGAUAUAAAAGAGUUUCCAGAAGAGAUGAAAGCAAUAUACAAGACCACUUUUGAGUAUUCAUAUGAAACUAUAAUUGACCAUGCGAUUGAUCGUAGUCUAUAUAUCGACCAAUCACAAAGUUUAAAUAAUUACAUAGCUACGGAUGAUUCUGAAUCAAUGAUCAAAUGA